AUGUCGAGUGGAAUUUGUGCGAAAUGUGCAAAACCUUUCUCAGCUGGUUCGAUUUUGAACGCCUUGGACAAGCGAUGGCAUCCGGAGUGUUUUGUAUGCGCGGGGUGCAAGCACCAACUGGCCAACCAAUCUUUCCACUGCAAAGACGAGGUGCCCUACUGCGUUAACUGCUGGAAGGAAAAGUUCCAGCCACGAUGCUCAAGUUGCGGCGUGAUCAUUGACCCUUCGGAGCAAUACGUGCUGUACGACGACAAGGCCUAUCACAAGGGCUGCUUCAGGUGCAGUCAGUGUCAAACCCCCCUCAAUGGAAAGCAGUUCUGCAUUGUCAACGGCCAGUAUCUGUGCCCCGAGCAUGUGCAAUAG